GGAAUAUACCUCGUAAGCCCUAGUCUGCAUAGGGUAUAGAGCAACCCCGUGAUCAUCCCACUCCUUUUGAUUGCAGCGUUCUUUGUUUUCGUGAGAUUGUCCACAUCACUCCCGGCUGUAGUCUCUUUCGCGCGUGGCCAUCAUGCUCACGAUUCAGCUGGAAAACCAAUUGGCCUGCUAUUCAGGACAUGAACACCUUCGUGGUUGUGUCGUCUAUCAUUGCCCGAACCCGAUCGACAUCCAAGAAGUUCGGGUGAGCUUCUACGGCCGCGCCAAGGCAAAAGUGCAGAAGAUCAAGGGCGCGACCGCCACCUUUCGAAGCAAGAGCAUUCUGUUCCAUGAAGAAAAGACUCUAGCCACCCCUAAUGGCGGCCAGCUGGCCCGGAAUACGUACGAAUGGCCGUUCGAGUUUACAUUCCCGUCGCAGGUGGAAUCACCCUCAAAGUGGCCCGAAAAGGCCCCUUUCCGCAGCGAUGAACACCACCCGCUGCCUCCAUCUUUUGCGGUGGAUGUAGGUGAUUCACAGCGGAAGUUACACUGCGUCAUCGAAUAUCGCAUCGAGGUUCAAAUGUUCAAACCGCAGAAGACCUUUCUGUCGAAGAAAGCGCCGUUAUAUACAGAGGCGCUGCGCGUCAACUUUUUGCCAUUGGCAGCACAGUGGGAACCAACAGAUCAUGCGGAUAAACUAAGUCGAAAGCACAAGGAUGAGGUGUUCACCGUGCGCAGCCUCCUCCUCCUGCCGGAAAAUCGGGGACGGAGUCUCAAGGUCGGAGAGAAGUUCCAAUCUUGGCUGUCAAAGAAGCAACUCCCUCAAUUUGACUUCAAAGCGUCUUUCAUAUAUUCCACCCGGGUACUGCAGGGCUCACCAGUUGCAUGUUUGUUAGAUGUCGUCCCGUGUACGGACGGCUCGUCCAUGCCAUUUCCAGGCAUCACGCUGCAAUCUGUAUCGGUUGCAGUAAUGAGUCGAACUUCCGCACGUGCUUCUCAGUCACUGAGGGGCUCAAUAACCGGUGAGGUGGAUGAUCGAUUGGAAAUCCUAUCGAAAACCUCACUCGGCAUGCCUGUUUUGGGGCCGCUCGAUUUGAACGAGACAUUCGGACCGCUCAUAUUCAGGCAUUCAGACGUAUCUUUCAGCACGUUCACCAUCAGCCGGUCCUACCGACUAUGCGCGUCAUUCACGUUUGAGUGCGUGGGAAAGACUUUUGAGUUCAAUGCGAAUGACCUCGAGUUCUUCAUCGUCUCAGAUGUCGUCAGUCCCACGGUACAAAUGACACCGAUGGAGCAAGGCACUGCUAUUACCGGGGUUUUCGAGCUUGCGGACACCACUUCUCGGCGUUCAUCAUCGGAUGAAUAUGAUGAUUCUCCUCCCUCAUACUCGAUGGCGGCUCCGGAUUCAGAGAAACCACCGACGAAGAACUAGUACCGUAUCGAUGCUACUUUCGGAACACUGUUCAACGGGGUGUCUGUGUAAUGGUUAUGGAUUCGCUGGCUCUGUUGAAGUAACUGUCAACUUUUUGGAGGUUGUUAGACAUGGCGCAUCGAUACACUGCAUAGUACAAUAAUACAGGAAUUAUAGCUCUUUGAUCUCACUGUUCCUUCUUCCGCGGCACGGCGAUGGUACAGCAGUGAUCUUUGUUGCACAAGGUAAGCUCUGUGUACUAGCUUGCUUCGACGAGGAGCAGAGCGGUGCUUAGGCUAAACAACACCUCUCUAAAUCUUGCCAAGCUUGGGAUUUGCCGAACAACUGCCGAGGUCCCUGGCGAAGAUCCUUAAUUUCCCUGAACCCUCAGACGAGUGGGCCCAAUUAAGGUUGCAGCCGAGUCUGGAUUCUUCAGACCGUGAAGGAUUACCCGGAUGAAGCUUACCAUUCAUAGCUGUGAUGAGC